AUGGAAACAAUCCGCCGCACUCACCUCAAAUCCCUCGCCCACCGCGGCACAAUCCAAGGUGUGACAAUCUCAACAUUGCCUUCUCCCACCACCCAAGCCAAAGACCUCUGCCACUACUUCGGCGGCGUCCGAUACGGCCUUGCCCCUGUUGAGCGCUGGCGCAGAGCUCAGCCCCUACCCGCAUCCUUCACCUACGGCAGCGAAGAAGUACCAGGUCGUUGUGAUGGGGGUGCGGGGCUUUGUCCCCAACCCGGCUUUCUGAAUAUCUCUCCUGAGAACCCGGAUGGUGGAUGGCUUCAAUUUGGCACACCCAAUUCAUUUAAUGCCGCUGGAUUGAUCGGCGAGGCUGAUUUCAACUGUGUGGUUGUGAUGCCUGCAUACCGGGUCAACCUAUUCGGAUUCCUGUAUUCAGCCGAACUAGAAAAGGAUGCAGCCACUAUCGGUGAGACAGUUGGGAACCACGGAUUCUGGGACCAGAGACUGGCACUAGAGUGGACGAAGGAGAACAUCCAGCUAUUCGGCGGGAAUCCGGAGGCCAUCACGAUCGCAGGAUACUCCGCAGGCGCCAACUCCGUCUUCCACCAACUAGCCUACGACCUCCGCCAACCAGACGAGAACUCCCUCGUCCGCCAAGCCUGCAUCUGGUCAAACAGCCCAGCCGUUCAACCUAAGCAGCCAACAGAAACACAAACCCAAUUCAACCAACUCCUAACAGCCCUAGACAUCCCCCUCACACUGUCCCAUAGCGAGAAACUCACCCGGCUACGCUCAAUCCCCGCAAAAACCCUCCUUGAAGAAGCAAAAACAAUUCCCCUUCACCAAUUCCGCCCAACAACAGACAAUUCUUUCAUAUCCGAAUCUCUCUUCACAACCCUUGAUACCGGUGCCUUUGCCCGCAGCCUCCUAGCCCGCAACGUCCGCAUUAUAAUAGGCGAAUGUCGCGACGAGCGCUUUCUCUACAGUACAUGGUUCCCGCCGACGGAGGACACACUCUCCGCGCUGCGAAUCCGCCUUAUCGCGGAUUACCCCGAGCACAUUGUCGAUGCUGUUAUACCGCUGUAUUACCCGGAUGGCCGUCUACCGACGAACUGCAAGAACUGGGACCAAGACGCAUGGGGGAGGAUCUAUGCUGAUAUGCAGGUGCAUCAGAUGCAGCGUGGGCUUGCGUAUGCGAUGACGGAGAAUGAGGAUGGGGUUGAUGCUUCGGCGUUGCUGUUUCGGUAUCGGAUUGAAUGGAGAGCGAAGUGUGUGGAGGCGGUCUUGCCGAUUGAGUGGGGGGUCACGCAUUCGUCAGAUUAUCCGAUUUGGUUCUUUGGAAAUGGGGGUUUGUUGGGGGAGGGGGAGAAGGGGAUUGUGAAGGAUGGGUUCGUGGGCCCGUUAGGGAGGUUUGUUUCUGGGGAGGGAGAGUUUGGAUGGGGGACUUCGGGGGCUAGGGGGGUUAGGACGCUGAGGGGGGAUGGGAGUGUUGAGAUUGUCGAUGAUGGGGAUUGGGAGGAGGGUGUUAAGGUUUGGAAGGAGUUGAGGAAUGCUGAUGGGAAGUCGUGA